AUGUUCAACACUUCCGCCAUCGAGCUCAGGAAGGAGGAUCUUCCCCAACUUCUCAAUGGCACUUUGCAGCUUCUUCACGACGUCGCGGUCACCGUCGCUCCCACCGCCAUGUGGAACAACCAGUCGUGCGGGGAGCAGCUGCAGGACUUCGGCCGCCCGGAGAAGAUCCUCAUCGGGGUGAUGCUGGCCAUCAUCACCGCGGUCACCGUGAUGGGGAACACGCUGGUGGUGAUCGCGGUGUGCGUGGUGAAGAAACUACGGCAGCCUUCCAACUACCUGCUGGUCUCCUUAGCUGUGGCCGACCUGUCCGUGGCCAUCGUGGUCAUGCCCUUUGUCAUCGUCACCGACCUCACCGGGGGGAAGUGGCUUUUUGGAGAAGUCUUUUGCAACAUCUUCAUCGGCAUGGAUGUAAUGUGCUGCACUGCCUCCAUCAUGACCCUGUGCGUCAUCAGCGUGGACAGGUACUUGGGGAUCACGCGGCCUCUCACCUACCCGGCCCGGCAGAACGGUCAGCUGAUGGCAAAGAUGAUCAUGGGGGUGUGGCUGGCGUCGGCGUCCAUCACUCUGCCCCCCUUCUGCGGCUGGGCCAAGAACGUCCACACCGCCGGCGUGUGCCUCAUCAGCCAAGACUUUGGCUACACCAUCUACUCCACGGCGGUGGCCUUCUACAUCCCCAUGCUGGUCAUGCUGGUCAUGUACUACAAAAUCUUCCGGGCGGCCCGCAAGAGCGGCGCCAAGCACCGCUUCACCGACCUCCCCCGCCGCGAGCGCCUGGAAACGGUGGCUAACGAGGCGCUGCGGAUGCAGGGCCUGAAGCCUCCCGGUGUGGCGGAGGAGUGCGCGGCUUUGUCCCGACUGCUGAACCGUGAACGGAGAAACAUCUCCAUUUUCAAACGGGAGCAGAAAGCGGCGACGACACUGGGGGUGAUUGUGGGGGUCUUUGCUGUGUGCUGGCUGCCUUUCUUCAUCCUGUCCACGGCCAGACCUUUUAUCUGCGGGGUGGAGUGCAGCUGCGUGCCCAUCUGGCUGGAGCGCACACUGCUCUGGUUGGGGUACGCCAACUCCCUCAUGAACCCCUUCAUCUACGCCUUCUUCAACCGAGACCUGCGCUCCACGUACCGCGACCUUCUCCGCUGCCGAUAUCGGAACAUCAACCGGCGUCUGUCGGCCGUGGGCGUGCACGAAGCCCUGAAGGUUUAGAGAACACCGACAUGGUGGCCCCGCACUCCUGGAUUGUUGCAUAUCAGAAAGAUUCUGACAGAACGGGAGUCACUUUAGGACGCUCGCUGAGUACUUCAGAGUGAGAGAUAGACACUCGGUUAGGCUAUUUUUGGAAAAAAAGAAUUAUUGUCGGGUGGUGCCGUGUCUCGCCGUCUACCACGGAGACACGAGACAAAGACGAUUGGAGCCAAACAAUUGAUGUGUAUUAUAAAAGUGUAUGUUCGACAUUUGAGCACAAUGCGUACGAGGACCAUUCUGCUGAGUCGGUGCUGUUGUGCGUCACGAGGAAAUCAAUGCAGGAUAGAAGUUUACAUUUGAAAAGAUACUGGAAUAAAAUUGCAUUGUUUCCCAGCUUACUAAAAUUGGAUUUUGCCAUGGAAACAUUUAAAUAUUUUAAAAGUUUUUUUUUUUUUUUUUUUACAAUAUUGUGUCCUUUUCUCAACUAUUGUUUAAUAAUUAAAAACAACAACUGCUAGGCUUUGGCGAGAAUGAGGACUCGGGUGCAGAAGGGGGACGAUUGACACAAGCUUUAUUUGAACAGUUUUCUUUGAAAUCUCUUUGGACAGAGUGAUUAAAACAAAGUGGCUACAAAAUCGCGUGGACAUCGGGGGCGGUACCACUGGAUUGGCAGACCGGGGUGGUGGUUCCUCUCUUUAAGAAGGGGAACCGGAGGAUGUGUUCUAACUAUCGUGGGAUCACACUCCUCAGCCUUCCCGGUAAGGUCUAUUCAGGUGUACUGGAGAGGAGGCUACGCCGGAUAGUCGAACCUCGGAUUCAGGAGGAACAGUGUGGUUUUCGUCCUGGUCGUGGAA